AGUAUAUAAGAGACAGACACAGCGGUGCAUAUGAACCAACUUCUUCUCAGCUCUGGCUUUGCUCCCAGUCAAGCAGAAUGAUGAAGGUUCUGCUGUUGACUCUUGUUCUUGCCCUGAUCUUGACGAAUGGAUCUGCCCUGAAAUGUUAUAACUGUGUCCCCGGCAUCCCUGGAGGAAGUUGUGUGACCACUCAGGAGACGUGUGGCUAUAAAAAAGACACCUGUGUGUCUGCCAGAUUCACUAUCGCUCCCUAUUCUUACUUCCGGAGGUGCAUUAGCAUGGCAGACUGCAUGAUUCUUCAGUCCAGUCCCACUAUUAAAGUCAAGUGCUGUCAGACGGAUCUGUGCAACACCCCGGUCUAGGAAGACCACCUUGUUAUUGUUCUGUAUCAAGUCAGCAGAUGUGAUUUUGUGGGAGCGAUCACUUUUAGACUACACAAAAUUGACUUGUUUUAGACGGAAAGCAUAUUUACACCACUAAGCCACUAAGCCUUAUCCACCUUAUUUCACAAUGCCAGGUAAACCAACAAAAGUAACAUCAUUUCCAUGGUACAUUGGGCAAUGUGAUAUUUGUAAAUGUUUCAAAACCAAGGUUAAAAACAGUAUGACGUAUCAAACUUGUAUUCAGCAGAGCAACAGUCGUGUUUGUCAAUUCAGAACAUAAUACUGCUAAUAUUAAAUGUUUAAAGAGGCGUCACUAUCUUAUUUACAGAUUUUGUAAUAGCAAUAAAUAUCAAAAUGAGUUACAAAAUGA